AUGGUUUAUCGACGAGUUUCGUUGGGCAUGUUGCACCAGGACAAAGUUUUAUUGGCUUUGCUGCUGAUGCGUAUACUAUUGAAAGGCACCACCGAUGAACCGUCGUAUCAACUUGAAAUCGAUCAUCUGCUCGGUCGUUCGGAGAUGUUUGCGUUCCAAAAAGGCUCGGACAGUGGAUCAGUUCACGGACUUACCGCACAGCAAAUGUCAGCACUCUCGCAGUUAUCACGCUUACCGAAUUUCAAUGAUGUGGCGAAGAAAGUUGCUUCCAGCGAGCAGUUCGGGGCUUGGGUACUUCUAGAUAAUCCUGAAUUGGACGUCCCGGUCAUCUGGGCCGGUGAUAACAAAUUA